UUUUUGUACAACAACUAGAGGGUAAAGGAUCAAGCCUCCAACCUCUAGAAAGAAGGUCAUACCAAUUACGGUUGAGCUAAACUCGUUUUGACGAUUAAAAUCAAUAUGAAUGUACAUACCAUAAAUUUCACAUAUUGUAUUUGUGCCCUAACAUAUGUAAAAUCAAGAUACCCUUACACUUUUUCAUAUGUUUAAAAAAAUACUCUUAUACUUUCAAAAGUUGCAAUAUUACCCUUGAACUUUCAUAAACAUUUCAAAAAUACUCUUGGAGUAGAAAUUUGUUAGAAUUUGGAUGAAAAUUGAGAUGUGAAAUGGUGUAAUAGGUGACAUAGACUGAAAAUUUGAAUCACCAUAUCGUUUUAGGUCAUCCUCACACAGUUUCAAGUCUUGAUUUCUAUUCGAAAUUUUAAAGAAUUUAUACUCUAAGUGUAGUUUUGAAACAUUUAUGAAAGUUGAGGGAUAAUAUUGCAACUUUUAAAAGUAUAGAGAUAUUUUUAAGCAAAAGAAAAUUCAGGGGCAUUUGUUAUAAUUGAGCCUAAAAUUAACAAAAGAAUAAGUGAAAAAAAAAAAAAAUCCAAACCCUAAUAAAAGGGGAGGACUAAGAACCCUAAAACCCACAAACACAAGUUUAUAGGUGACAAAAUAAUUGUCUCUCUCUCUCUCAGUUCCCUUUUGACCAAUAUGGAUUCUUUUCCACAAUAAUUUACCAAAAAAGAUUAGAAUAAAUGCAAAAUAGGGAAAAAGUAUAGACCCAUAUAGGAAUAAGGUAUUAGGCCUUGAAAUCACAGCCAACAAUGGUGGGAAGAUUUGCAAAACCCACAAACCAAAAAGUUUUCAUUUUUAUUCCCUAGUCCAUAAAACAAAAACAAACACUUGAUCAUAAUAUGAAUAAAGAAUAAAGAAAAAGGAACUAGAAGUGACAAAAAGACUAGUUUUUUAAACACCCCCCCUAAAGAGAGCUUUGAUUUGCUUUCCCCAAAAGUUUGAAAAUUUAUGACUUAAUAUGACUCUUUUUUAAUUUUCUUUAGGACUUGGAGGACUUGAAAAUAAAUACCCAAAAGUAAUAUGAAGAAAUUUGAAGGAUCUAAAGUUGAAGAAAAAAACAGAAUUGCCGUUAUCAUACCAUCCUUCAAGUCACGUGAGCUGCGCCUCCUUUCUGACAAGCCUUCUUUUGCCAUAGUCCUUCCAUUGCAUUAUAGCUAUGGCGAAUGGCGCUUAACCUCCUCCUCCUCCUCCUUCUUCUCUUUGUUUAAUUUCUCUUUCUGCAAUAGCCAUGGAAGUUAAGGUUGCCCAUCUUCGUGUUUUUGUAGCCCGGGUUUAGAACAUUGAGAUAUCAUGGUUUUUCAUAUGGGUAUGGAGUUGAAACGCUUUUUCAUUUUCAUUGUUUGCUUCGAGCUCUGCAUUUUGAGCUCCAAUGGCGCUACAGUCCAGAAUGAGAUUAUUAUCGAGAGAGAAAGCUUGAUUUCUUUCAAAGCUUCGUUAGAGACCUCUGAAAUUCUGCCAUGGAACUCAUCGGUCCCUCACUGCUUUUGGGUCGGAGUUUCUUGCCGACUCGGUCGAGUUACAGAGCUCUCUCUUUCAUCUCUUUCACUCAAAGGCCAGCUCUCUCGGUCCCUUUUCAACAUUUUGAGCCUCUCUGUUCUGGACCUUUCAAACAACUUCCUCUAUGGUUCAAUCCCACCUCAGAUAUCCAAUCUUCGAAGCUUGAAAGUGCUCGCUCUCGGCGAAAAUCAGUUUUCCGGCGACUUCCCUAUCGAACUAACUGAGUUGACUCAGUUGGAGAAUCUCAAGUUGGGGACUAAUUUAUUCACUGGUAAAAUCCCGCCGGAGCUUGGAAAUUUGAAGCAGUUACGGACCCUUGACCUCUCCGGCAAUGCCUUCGUCGGAAAUGUUCCACCUCACAUCGGAAACUUGACAAGGAUUUUAUCCUUGGACCUCGGCAACAAUCUUUUAUCAGGUUCACUCCCAUUGACCAUCUUUACUGAGCUUACAUCUUUAACUUCUCUGGACAUUUCAAACAACUCGUUUUCGGGUUCAAUCCCACCUGAAAUUGGUAAUCUAAAGCAUUUGACUGGCCUUUAUAUCGGCAUUAACCACUUUUCCGGUGAGUUGCCUCCUGAAGUUGGUAACCUUGUAUUGCUGGAGAACUUUUUUUCGCCGUCUUGUUCUUUAACUGGUCCAUUGCCUGACGAACUAUCCAAGUUGAAAUCAUUGAGCAAACUGGAUCUUUCAUACAACCCACUUGGGUGUUCUAUCCCAAAAACGAUUGGUGAAUUGCAGAACUUGACUAUAUUGAAUCUUGUUUACACUGAGCUCAAUGGUUCUAUUCCUGCCGAGCUUGGGAGGUGCAGAAAUUUGAAAACAUUGAUGCUUUCAUUCAAUUUUCUAUCUGGAGUGUUGCCACAAGAGCUUUCCGAGCUUUCCAUGUUAACAUUUUCUGCUGAGAGGAAUCAGCUUUCUGGGCCAUUACCUUCCUGGCUUGGCAAAUGGGAUCAUGUCGAUUCUAUUUUACUCUCGAGUAAUCGGUUUACCAGCGAAAUCCCACCUGAGAUUGGAAAUUGCUCGAUGCUUAAUCACCUUAGUUUGAGCAAUAACUUGUUGACAGGUCCAAUACCCAAAGAAAUUUGUAAUGCUGCAUCCUUGACAGAGAUUGAUCUUGACAGUAAUUUCCUUUCGGGUACGAUUGAUGACACAUUUUUGCUGUGUAAAAACCUUACACAGUUGGUUUUGGUAGACAAUCAGAUUGUUGGUGCAAUACCAGAAUACUUCUCAGAUCUUCCCCUACUGGUAAUCAACCUUGACUCCAACAAUUUUACAGGUUCAUUACCAAGAAGUAUAUGGAACUCGAUGGAUUUGAUGGAAUUUUCUGCUGCAAAUAACCAGUUAGAGGGUCAUCUCCCUCCGGAAAUUGGUUAUGCAGCUUCCCUUGAGAGGCUUGUUCUCAGCAACAACAGGUUGACAGGCAUAAUACCGGAUGAGAUUGGUAAUCUCACAGCCCUUUCUGUUCUAAAUUUGAAUUCAAAUCUGCUUGAAGGAACUAUACCUGCCACGCUCGGAGAUUGCAGUGAACUUACCACAUUGGACCUCGGAAACAACAGUCUACAUGGGUCGAUUCCAGACAGACUUGCAGACCUUACUGAAUUACAGUGCCUAGUUCUUUCAUACAACAAUUUAUCUGGAGCAAUACCUUCCAAUCCGUCUGCUUAUUUUCGACAGUUGACCAUUCCUGAUUUGAGCUUUGUUCAGCAUCAUGGUGUUUUCGAUCUGUCUCAUAAUAGAUUGUCUGGUACUAUACCUGAUGAACUGGGAAACUGUGUUGUAGUGGUGGAUCUCUUACUCAACAACAAUCUACUUUCUGGAGCAAUUCCUAGAUCUCUCUCUCAGUUAACAAACCUCACAACCUUGGAUUUAUCUGCCAAUAUGCUUACUGGUCCAAUUCCUGCAGAGAUUGGCAAUGCUCUCAAGCUCCAAGGCCUGUAUCUUGGGAAUAAUCACCUCAUGGGAAUGAUCCCUGAGAGCUUCAGUCAUUUGAGUAGCUUGGUGAAGUUGAACUUAACUGGUAAUAAAUUAUCUGGUUCGGUUCCAAAAACUUUUGGUGGUCUGAAGGCAUUAACUCAUUUGGAUUUAAGUUAUAAUGAGUUGGAUGGUGAUCUUCCUUAUUCUCUGUCCAGCAUGUUGAAUCUUGUGGGGCUUUAUGUACAGGAGAACAGGCUUUCUGGUCAGGUUGUUGAACUUUUCCCAAGUUCCAUGACAUGGAAGAUUGAAACAUUGAAUUUGAGUAAUAACUAUUUUGAGGGUGUACUUCCGCGAACAUUGGGCAACCUUUCAUACUUGACGACAUUGGAUCUUCAUGGAAAUAAGUUCACAGGGGCAAUCCCUUCAGAUCUUGGGGAUCUUAUGCAACUUGAAUACUUAGAUGUUUCGAACAACAGGCUAUCUGGGGAGAUUCCAGAGAAAAUAUGCAGCCUCAUCAAUAUGUUUUACCUGAAUUUGGCAGAAAACAGUCUUGAAGGUCCAAUUCCGAGAAGUGGCAUUUGCCAGAAUCUAUCCAAAAGUUCACUUGUUGGUAACAAGGACCUCUGUGGGAGAAUCCUUGGUUUCAAUUGCCGUAUCGAAAGCUUAGAGAGAUCUGCAGUCUUGAAUGCUUGGAGCAUUGCUGGGAUUAUCAUUGUUAGCGUUCUUAUAGUUCUAACUGUGGCAUUCGCGAUGCGAAGACGGAUUAUUAGAAGCCAGAGAGAUAAUGAUCCAGAGGAAAUGGAGGAAAGCAAAUUAAACAGUUUCAUAGACCCCAAUCUCUAUUUCUUAAGCAGCAGCAGAUCAAAAGAGCCUUUAAGCAUCAAUGUGGCCAUGUUCGAGCAGCCCCUUCUGAAAUUAACGUUGGUUGAUAUAUUGGAAGCAACCAAUAACUUCUGUAAAACAAACAUUAUUGGAGAUGGAGGUUUUGGGACCGUAUACAAGGCGACAUUGCCUAAUGGAAAAGUUGUUGCUGUGAAGAAGCUAAGCGAAGCGAAAACACAGGGGCAUAGAGAAUUUAUUGCCGAAAUGGAAACUAUAGGCAAAGUAAAGCACCAUAAUCUUGUUCCACUGCUUGGCUACUGUUCUCUUGGGGAGGAGAAACUCCUUGUGUAUGAGUAUAUGGUGAAUGGUAGCUUGGAUCUUUGGCUGAGAAACCGAACCGGUACUCUUGAAGUCCUUAACUGGGAGACUCGCUUCAAAGUCGCUUCAGGCGCAGCUCGUGGAUUGGCAUUUCUUCACCAUGGAUUCAUACCCCACAUCAUUCAUAGAGAUGUUAAAGCAAGCAAUAUACUCCUCAACCAAGACUUUGAACCAAAAGUUGCCGACUUUGGAUUGGCAAGAUUGAUCAGUGCUUGUGAGACUCAUGUUACGACUGAGAUUGCUGGAACCUUUGGUUACAUCCCACCGGAGUACGGGCAGAGUGGGCGGUCGACUACAAAAGGCGACGUCUAUAGCUUUGGUGUGAUUCUACUGGAAUUGGUGACUGGGAAGGAACCAACUGGACCCGACUUUAAAGAGAUUGAGGGUGGAAAUCUGGUCGGUUGGGUGAUUCAGAAGAUCAACAAGGGUCAGGCUGCAGAUGUUCUAGAUGCCACAGUUCUGAAUGCUGAUUCCAAGCAUAUGAUGCUUCAAACUCUUCAGAUUGCUUGUGUUUGUUUAUCAGAAAAUCCUGCUAAUAGACCUUCGAUGCUUCAGGUAUUGAAGUUUCUUAAACGGAUCAAAGAUGAGUAAAUUCCAGAGUUUCAUAGAAUUGGAACUUGGAAGGAUAGCAAAAGAUUGUACUUUGAGUUGAGAAUAACACUGUAAAGAAGUAUUUAGGAGUAUAUGCUCAAAAUCCUUCAGUUGUAAUCCAUUUUAUAUCAACUAAUGUAAUCCAAUCUUCCUUUCUA